UGGAGUGCAGUAGCAGCCUUUAGCUUCAGAUAAGAAAUAAUGGUAAAAUGAAGAUAUGAAUCAGUCCGAGUCAUUUAACUAUUCAUCUUUUUCUUCUUGGGUAGUAUAGUUGACUAAUUUGGGAUUUUGGUUACUUACUUCUUAAUAUCAGUUUGUAUUCAAAAAAAUAGUAGUUGGUUUGGGGGAUGUUUAUGAUGGAACUGGUAGUAAACAAAUGCUGCUAUGAAAGCUUGAAAAUGAGAAUUGAUUUGUGGUUAUGGGGAAGAUGUGGAACCUUGGUAAGAGUUUUAGAAAGAUUUGCAAUAUAUGGAACUUCAAGAGACAAUUUUUUGUUAAAAUUUACUAAAUGAAUUCAUGCUCCUUUUCUACUAGAAGUCAUUUUCUAAACGCAUUCUUCUCGUGGUUUUUGGAAAUUUUCUGGGAGGGAGGCAGUGGUUUUUUGAACAUUAUUAUUCAAUAAAGGAUGUGUCCUCUACACUGUCCAGUUAGAAGCAAGAAAGAGCUGAGACAGUUAUACAAUUCAUGCAUCUUUGUCUCUCGUUUGUCUAGCCAUAUAUUUGUACUUGUUUUUUUAUACGAUAAUGCAAUUCAUUUGGUCCUGCUUUCUCUGGCUCAUUUUACUUCAAUCUAUGCUUAUGUGGACGCCUGCAAAUGAAUCAAAAUCUAAUACUGGUUUCUCGUUAAUUAGUGAUGGAUAGUGCAAGUACAACACCAGUGAAUAUGACUUCCCACACUGAUUUGGCUGAGGAACCUGCACCUGAGUCCCCUACUUCAACUGAUGGCUGGGGAGAACUUGAAAAUGGAAUUCAUGGAGAACAUGAGAGCGAAAGAGAUGGAUGGGAUGAUAUUGAGCCACUUGAAGAGCCAAAGCCAUCUACAUCUCUUGCAAACAUCCAAGCAGCUCAGAAGCGCCCUGUCUCGCUGCCCAAGCCCCAAGUUUCAAGUUUGCAACCAAAAAAUACGGCAAAGAAGAGCAAAGAUGAAGAUGAUGACUUAUGGGGUUCCAUUGCUGCUGCUGCUCCAAAGUCUGCAUCGAAGCCUUUGAACAUGAAAACAGCAUCUCUUGACGAUGAUGACCCAUGGGCUGCUAUUGCAGCUCCUCCACCUACCACCAAAGCCAAGCCUUUAUCGGUUGGGCGAGGCCGUGGAGCUAAACCUGCUGCUCCAAGACUGGGUGCUCAAAGAAUAAACAGGACGUCUUCAUCAGGGAUGUAA